GUUGAUGUGAUUAAGUUUUAACUUGUUGAUAACUUUUUUUUCAGCUUCCAGUCUCUCACAUUCCUACAAACUUGCAUUCUGCAUCUGCUCCGUCAACUGGAAUCAUGGCUAAUGCAGAAGGUGGCAAGGAACCAAUAAAUGAACAAGCAGUUGCAAAUAUGUAUGCUUCUAUGAGGUCUGAGCUCAACCAAAUUUACUCCAAAAUAACUGAACUGGAGAUGGAAGUCAGUGAGCACACGUUAGUCAUCAAUGCCAUUCAGCCUCUUGACCAAUCUAGACGAUGCUACCGAAUGAUUGGAGGGGUGCUUGUGGAGAGAACCAUCAAAGAGGUCUUGCCUGCUGUGCAGCGAAAUAAAGAUGGUCUUGAAGAGGUUGUUGCAAGGCUUAAUGAGGCACUGGAAAAGAAGAAAAAGGAAAUUACUGAGUUUGAGGCUAAAUAUAAAAUCAGGAUAAGGAAGGCCGAUGCUGAGGUGAAGGAUGAAUCCGGUAGGAAAGAAGGGUCUGCCCAAGGAGUUCUUGUGGGUCCUGCUGGUGGAAGUGAAUGAUUUGUCAAAUUUUAUUGCUGUGUUUCCUCAAACUAUUAGCCAAAACUUCCUGCCUUUACAAUUGGGUGGAGGCAGUACUAUGCUUUGCUUUACAGAGUAUUGACUAAAUUAUUUAUAACUUGAUAUGACCUUCAGUUUAAUUGUUUUGGCUGAAAAAAACUGUUCUUUAUUGCGU